AUGGCUGCGCCAGGCCCUGCGCUGCGUCGCACGGCGUUGGCUUCUUCGUCAUUUAUCAGGACAAGAAUGUUCGCUGGUACACGAAGCCAGACCUCAACCUCGAACAUUAUCCUCGCUUGCCGCUGUCCUACGCUAUCCUCCACCACGACGCCACACUCCUCGCAAACCCGAUAUAGUUCCUACUCCUCGCCGACACCUACACCAAGCGGAAAUGGCAAGGCGCGCAAGAAGGUCACGAUCCAAACGCUGCAGAACCUUUAUAAAAAGGGCGAACCGAUUGCCAUGCUGACGGCGCAUGACUUCCCCAGUGCUCAUGUGGCAGAUGCGUCGGGGAUGGAUAUGGUUUUGGUGGGGGAUAGCUUGGGCAUGGUAGCAUUGGGAUUGGAUAAUACCACCGAGGUGGUGAUGGAGGAAAUGAUAUUACACUGUCGGAGUGUUGUCCGGGGAGCGAAGAGUGCAUUUAUUGUUGGUGAUCUGCCCAUGGGUUCAUAUGAGAUAUCUGCCGAGCAGGCUAUUGAAUCGUCACUUCGCUUGGUUAAGGAAGGGCGCGUGCAUGGCGUGAAGAUUGAAGGUGGGGAGGAAUUGGCGCCCACUAUCAAACGUAUCACACAGGCUGGUGUACCUGUCGUGGGUCAUGUUGGACUCACACCCCAACGACAGAAUGCACUCGGUGGUUUCCGGGUUCAGGGCAAGACGACAUCUAGCGCUUUGAAGUUGUUGGAUGACGCGGUGGCGAUGCAAGAAGCUGGUGCAUUCAUGCUUGUCCUCGAAGCUAUGCCUUCAGAGGUCGCAGCUCUUAUCACGGAAAAGCUGCAUAUCCCAACCAUCGGCAUUGGUGCCGGCAACGGCUGCUCAGGUCAAGUCCUCGUGCAGGUCGACAUGACUGGCAAUUUCCAACCCGGUCGGUUCGUCCCGAAGUUCGUCAAGCCAUUUGCCAACGUUUGGGGCGAGGCUGCACGUGGAAUCACACAAUAUCGAGAUGAAGUGAAGAGCCGAGCGUUCCCAUCAGAGGAAUACACGUAUCCCAUCCCAAAAGAGGAGCUCGCCGGAUUCCAAAGAUCGGUAGACGAACGCUACCAGAAAUAA